AAGGACAAGGACAAGGACAAGGACGAGCACGCAGACUGGUUUCUAUUCCACCUUCCAACAGCUCUCGCCGCCUCCCAUCCUUCUUCCUCCCAAUAUUGUCAAUUGACCCGUCUUCUCGCCCCUCUGCCCUCCUUCCUUCUCUCUCUCUCUCUUCCCUUCCUCCCUUCCUCCGCCCUCUAUCCAUCGCUUGCUGCCACGGACGUGUUCAUGACCACCACCACCUCCUCCGGGCCGGAGACGACGGAGACGACAGAGACCCAUCAGCCUACUAGACCAUUCAUGGAUAGGAAGGCAUCCUCGCCCCAUCUCAAGGCUUCAUCACCGCCAGCCUCUGCGUUCUUCACACUGUCCUCUGGCACCUCGGCAGGAUCUCCUUUUACCCUCCCUCCAAGUCCGCACGAGACAGACUCUGCCGCCCCUACCAGUUGGACCGACACAGCAAAUAUCAACGAUGGCCACCUCGAGAACGAGAGGAACCAAAGACACAGAAUCAGCACUUCCGUCGCCCCCACUAUACUUGGUGUUCCGCAAUUGGAUAUACGGCCAUUAAAGGAGUCUGUGGAGCCCCAACCAACAUCUGUGUCAGAUAGAGCCGUCGCCGAAGGAUCAAUAGGGCAGAAGGAUCCAGUCUCCUAUGUUUGCAAUGAGACGCAUGAUACUCCUGCUGUUUCUGCUGCUGCAGAGAUGGAUGUUGAUACACCCAGGAGGAAGCCACACCGGCUGCAACAUCGACAGAGGACAGAAGACAGUGACAACGAAGACCAGGACAAUGUGACCUCCGCCGCAACUACCCCUACAACUAGUUUGAUUCUGGAUCAUAACAGCAUUCUCAACGUGGACGGGGACAUGUCCAUGACCUCUCCUGUCCGCCAUACCAAAUCGCCACCUACCUCCACGUCCUCUUCUACAUCGACCGGGCGACGCAGGAUCGCGGAGUCGAGCAUGAUCCUCAGUGUAGGGACGAGGCCCGCGGCCACGGCCGCGGAGGGAGGAACGCUUUCGCCAGCCUGGUCCAUGAGCUCGAUCCCACGAGACAUCAGCGCAGCAUACAACAGCAGCUACCGGGAUCAGGCAGAGUCUCCAGUGGCCUCGCCCAUGGAUGAAAAGCUAUAUAGCCUUGUCGACAGAUAUGGGUUCUUGGUUGAAGAGGGUCGAACGCCGCAAGCGGACAAGAGCAGCGCGAAGUCGUCAACUCCGUCCUCGUCGCGGAAGUCCGUGCGGGUCGUAAAUGGUAUCAAACACCAGGCAAAGAUGAUUGAAAAAGAGCAGGAGCGCAGUUUAAAGUGGGCGAGGAUGGCGAAACAGUAUACCUCGGAAGCAAAGGAAACUGAAUACUCCUUUGCCAACCAUCCAAAGUUUAUAAAAAGGGUGUACAAGGGCAUCCCGGAUUGUUGGAGGGCAGCCGCAUGGAGUUAUCUCAUCACAAAGCGAUCUGUAGGCUUUGAACCUAACAUACGCCAAAUAUACCAUGACAUGCUGGAGAUCUCAUCGCCGGAGGAGGAGCAAAUCGAUCUUGAUAUCCCACGAACGAUGCAUGGACACAUCAUGUUCAGGACGCGUUAUGGACCAGGACAGUGUGCGCUGUUCAAGGUGCUGAAGGCGUACUCUAAUUUCAACCAUCGCGUUGGAUACUGCCAAGGGAUGGCCAGCGUCGUGGCAACAAUGCUUACAUUUUUCAAUGAGGAGAAAACGUUUGUUUUACUGGCGCAGUUAUUUGAUCGUUAUCAAAUCAACAACUUGGUCAUCCCUGGCUUUCCAGCCCUUUUUGAAGCAUUCUUCAUCCAGGAGGAAUUAACCAAAAUAUACGCACCCAAGGUUUUUGAGUCUUUGGAAAUAAUGGGCAUCGCGACGCCUAGCUAUGCCUCUCGCUGGUACAUCACCCUCUAUUCUGCGGGAGUCGUGCCUUAUCGCACCUUGUUGCGGAUAUGGGACACUCUCUUCCUGGAAGGAUUUGACUGGCUAUAUUUCAUGGCUCUUGCCCUUUUGAAGUAUCAUGAAUUGGAGUUGGUCCAGAAUAACUUUGAGAGAACGAUGGAGAUGUUGAACGCAAAGAUGGACAUACAGGAUGAUGAGCGGUUGCUAAAGAUUGCCAGGAAACUGUCCAAGCAGGCUCGGCAGACUGGGAUCGUAGCGAAGCUCAAGGCGCGGUAUAUAGCGAACCAGAGGCGGACUAUGAUCUCAGCAGAGUCAGCGCCCACCGCUUCCUAGAAGCAGCUGGCUGCUCGCUUUUUUUUUUAAUUUUUGUUAUGUGUAUUAUCAUGAUUAGUUGUCAUCUAUCUCAUAAUGUCCCGCGCCCGCCUUACGUGCAUCUUCAUCACCUUCAUUUGCUGCUCGAAGCUCCAUAAUAAACCGGCGUUCUCGCGCUAAACAACGACACCCUCUUAGAUGGUCCACAGGCCCGGAUCGAUAAUAAUAAUAAUAAUAAUAAUAAUAAUAAUAAUA